AUGACCCGUGAAGGAGAAGGUGUACGCCUUGUGCAAUCGAUGAUUCCAAGUUUUCUCGAUUUCGAUGUUAAAGAUUCGUCAUUCUUUGGGAAAUGGAAUCGAUUACCUCCACCGAAAGAAGUGCAGGCACGAGCCAAAACCCAACAUCUUGCUGGAGUGAAUCCAGACCGAAGGAAAGUUUAUUCAAUGUCUGCCCCGUAUGUGAGACUAUCACCUGUCCUUUUCAAAGAGAUGGGCCUAUUCGUUAAGUGGGGAAGCACUGUUCAAAUAUCCGAAGCUCAGUGCCUGUAUGCUGUCCGUCGAUUCCUCAAAGGCGAUGUUCCUGUCCCCGAGGUGUAUGGUUGGCGCACAGACAGGAAUGAGAAAUAUAUUUAUAUGGAAUAUGUAAAGGGGAAAACCCUAGAGCAAGUAUGGGGUAUUAUGGGACAUGAUGAUAAAACUAGCAUCUGUCACGAACUCCGAACAGUUCAUCGGCGCCUACGUCAGUUCGAACAGGACCCAGAGGGUACAUACAUAGGCAACAUUGCGCGGGAACCUCUUUAUGAUAGAGCAUUUCAUGUAAACUAUAUGGAUGAAGCAGGACCAUUUGUUACAGUUUGCAACUUUCACAACUGGUUCACAUUCCUUUACCGGAGACCACUGCAAAAUCCAUACUCAGUCCCAGUGGAACCAUUUCGCCAAGACCUUCCAGAUAACUGUGCAAUCAAGUUCACCCAUGGUGAUCUCCAUCGCAGUAACAUCCUCAUCACACCCUUUCCCCCAUAUCAUAUUCUGGCAGUUGUUGACUGGGAGCAGUCAGGCUGCUUACCUUUGUACUGGGAAUCUCGCAAGGCGCAAUAUACUGCCGUUAGGAGCGAUGAAUGGUCAAUGACCUAUCUGCCGAUAAUUUUGGACCAGUUCGCUAGUACUUGGGAUCCAUGGGACUACUAUACAACGGCCAUGGGAUGCUAG